GAAACUGUGAUCGGUAUGUCAUCCAGCGUCUCAGCUGGGAUAGCUACAGGAUGACGAGCCACGGCGGAGAACUGGUCCCCUUAGAGCCACCGCUUGCUCCUAACGCCCUCCCAGUUGAUUAAUCUAUGGAAUCAGACCAAGAAGCUUGAGGUCCACGCCACAGCUUGUGACAGAGUGAAUCUGCUUGGUGGGGCAGGGAAGCAUCGUGGUGGUCCUACCUUCCCUACCCCAGAUGAAUAAAAUCAGCUUGGGGGAUCCUAAGCACCCCAUCCAAGGAGAAAGGGAGGGAGAGGUGGGAUGAAUCUCCGCCAGGCCUUCCCGAUGAGGCCGCCAGGGGGCAGCAGGGGAGGCUGCGAAGCUCACUGUAACGGCCCUUGCUUUGGCAUGGGGCUCCCUCCAGCCUCCCCAGCAUCCCUCCUCCUGGCCAGUCUGACUUUAUUUUUAGCUGCCAAUGGGAGGGGGCGGGACAGGAGGGUAAGUAAAGAAAACAGAACAGGACAGGAGCACAGAGGACUCCUCAGAGAGACAGAACAGCGGCCAGGCAUGGAGCUCUCCCUCAGCCCUCACCUCCCUCUCCCCGUGUUGCUCCUGGCAGGUUUCUGCCUCUCCUUCAACUUGGACGAUAGUCAUCCUCGGCUGUUUCACGGGCCACCUGAGGCCGAGUUCGGAUACAGUGUGUUGCAGCAUGUGGGGGGAGGACGUGGAUGGAUGUUGGUGGGGGCCCCUUGGGAUGGACCUUCGGGAGACAGGAGAGGGGAUGUGUAUCUCUGUCCUGUGGAGGAGCGGCCUAACGCCUCCUGUGCCAAGGGCCACCUGGGGGACUAUCCACUGGGAAACUCAUCCAGUCCGGCUGUGAACAUGCACCUUGGGAUGUCACUGCUGAAAACUGAUGUGGAUGGGGGCUUUAUGGCCUGUGCCCCGCUGUGGUCUCGUGCUUGUGGUACUUCCGUGUACAGUUCUGGGAUCUGUGCCCAAGUGGAUGCCUCAUUUCGCCCCUGGGGGAGCUUAGCACCUACUGCACAGCGCUGCCCCACCUACAUGGACGUGGUCAUUGUCCUGGAUGGCUCCAACAGCAUCUACCCCUGGGCUGAGGUUCAGACUUUCUUGCGUAGACUGGUGGGGAGGCUGUUCAUUGACCCCGAACAGAUACAGGUUGGGUUGGUUCAGUAUGGGGAGACUGCUGUGCAUGAAUGGUCACUUGGAGAUUUCCGGACCAAGGAAGAGGUCGUGAAAGCUGCCCGGAACCUGAGCCGAAGAGAAGGGCGAGAAACCCAUACAGCUCAGGCCAUAAUGGUGGCUUGCACAGAAGGAUUCAGUCCCUCUCGAGGGGGCCGGCCAGAGGCUGCCCGUUUGCUAGUUGUUGUCACAGACGGGGAAUCCCAUGAUGGGGAGGAACUUCCAGCAGCACUCAGGGCCUGUGAAGCUGGCAGUGUGACCCGAUAUGGGAUUGCUGUCCUGGGUCAUUACAUUCGAAGGCAACGUGAUCCUAGCUCCUUCCUCCGGGAAAUCAGGGCCAUUGCUAGUGAUCCAGAUGAGAGAUUCUUCUUCAACGUCACAGAUGAGGCUGCACUGACUGACAUCGUGGAUGCCCUAGGAGACCGCAUCUUUGGCCUGGAGGGUUCCCAUGGGGAGAACGAAAGCUCCUUCGGACUAGAGAUGUCCCAGAUCGGCUUCUCUACCCACCAGCUAAAGGAUGGGAUUCUGUUUGGAAUGGUGGGGGCUUAUGAUUGGGGGGGCUCAGUGCUGUGGCUGAAGGAGGGUCACCGCCUUUUCCCUCCCCGCACGGCCCUGGAAGAGGAGUUCCCUACUGCUCUCCAGAAUCAUGCUGCCUACCUGGGUUACUCAGUUUCCUCCUUGAUUCUCCUGGGUGGACGACGUCUGUUUCUCUCAGGAGCCCCUCGGUUUAAACAUCGAGGGAAGGUCAUCGCUUUCCAGCUCAGGAAAGAUGGGUCUAUGAACGUUGCCCAGAGCCUCCAAGGGGAACAGAUCGGCUCCUACUUUGGCAGUGAGCUCUGCCCCCUGGACACCAAUGGUGAUGGGGUGACCGAUGUUCUUCUUGUGGCUGCCCCUAUGUAUCUGGGGCCCCAGUAUCGGGAGACAGGACGAGUAUAUGUCUACCUAGUGGGCCAACCCUCGCUGAUCCUCUGGAGAACCCUGCAGCCAGACCCCCCCCAGGACUCCCGUUUUGGCUUUGCGAUGGCUGCCCUGCCUGACCUGAACCAGGAUGGCUUUGCAGACGUGGCUGUGGGGGCACCCCUGGAAGAUGGACACAGAGGAGCUCUGUACAUCUAUCAUGGGACCCAGGGUGGCAUCCGGCCCCAUCCUGCGCAGCGCAUCUCAGCUGCCUCCAUGCCUCAGCCACUCAGCUACUUUGGCCGAAGUGUGGAUGGACAACUGGACCUUGACGGGGAUGAACUUGUGGAUGUUGCUGUGGGGGCUCAGGGGGCAGCUGUACUGCUCAGCUCCCGCCCCAUCGUCCACCUGGCCCCCUCGCUGACGGUGACCCCUCCGGCAGUCAGUGUGGUGCAGCGGGAUUGUCAGCGACAUGGCCAGGAUGCCACCUGCCUGACUGCUGACCUCUGCUUCCAAGUAACUUCCCGAACCCCGGGCCGCUGGAACCGCCGCUUCUAUGUCCGAUUCAGCGCCUCCCUGGACGAGUGGACAGCCGGGGCUCGGGCGGCAUUUGAUGGCUUUGGCCAGAGGCUGCCUGUGCGGCGGCUAAGGGUCAGUGUGGGGAACGUCACCUGUCAGCAGCUGCAUUUCCACGUGCUGGAUGCAUCUGACUACCUCCGGCCGCUGGCCCUGGCGGUAACCUUUGAGCUGGAUAACGCCACAAAGCCAAGGCCGGUGCUCGAUGAGGACUCGCCCACUUCCCUUCGAAAGCUGGUACCUUUCUCAAAGGACUGUGGGCCUGAUAACGAAUGCCAUACCGACCUGGUACUCCAGGUAGACAUGGACAUCCGGGGCUCCAGGAAAAAGCCAUUUGUGGUUCGAGGUGGGCGGCAGAAGGUGCUGGUGUCAGCAACCCUCGAGAACAGAAAGGAGAAUGCCUACAAUACUAACCUGAGCCUCAGCUUCUCCAGGAGCCUCCACCUGGCCAGCUUCACGCCUCAGAAGGACCCCUCUGUCAAGGUGGAGUGUACAGCCACUUCCACGCAUGGCCAGCUCUGUAGCAUAGGGCACCCUGUUUUCCAGACCGGGGCCAAGGUGACCUUUGUCUUGGAGUUUGAAUUCAGCUGCUCUUCCCUCCUAAGCCAAGCCCUUGUAAGGCUGGCUGCGACCAGCAACAGCCUGGAGUCCAAUGAGACUUUGCACGACAACGUAGUCCAGGCCUCGGCCUACAUCCGCUAUGAGCCUGAGAUCCUGGUCUCCAGUGAGUCCACGCUGCACCGAUAUGAGGUUCACCCCUAUGGGGCCCUCCCCGAGGGUCCUGGUCCCGAGUUCAAAACCACUCUCAGGGUACAGAACCUAGGUUGUUAUUCCAUCAGUGACCUCUUGAUUUCCGCCUUCUUUCCCGCCGUGGCCUAUGGGGGCAGUUACUUCUUGUCCCUUUCCCAGAUCAUCGCUGACAAUGCCAGCUGCAUGGUGCAGAACCUGACUGAACCCUCUGAGGCUCCGGUGCACUCUGAGGACCUGCGACACGUCAGCCGUCUGAACGGCAGCAACUCCCGGUGCCAAGUGGUACGAUGCCACCUCGGCCGCCUGCCCCGGGGGUCCCAGAGCUCACUGCAGUUCCUGAGACUCAUCCACGAUGACUUCUUCCGAAGGGCCAAGUUCAAAUCUGUGACUGUGGUCAGCACCUUUAAACUGGGGGUUGAGGAAGGCAGUAUCUUGCAGCUGAUGGAGGCCUCCCAAUGGAGUGAGAGCCUCCUGGAGGUAAUCCAGGCCCGCCAUGUUCCUGUCUCAUUGUGGAUCCUGGUUGGCAGCGUCAUAGGAGGGCUUUUAUUAUUGGCCCUCAUUGUUUUCUGUCUUUGGAAACUUGGAUUCUUUGCCCGAAAGAAAGCGCCUGAAGAAGAUGGAAAUGGAAAGGUGGAUCAAUGAAGUGGAAGAAGACCCCGUGAAUGCCUCUUCUGCAGGGGGCCCUAGAGACUUGAAGGGGAGCCAGUAGAACAAAAGGUGCCCACUGGCCCUCUCCUCCAAACUUGAAGUCUGACUUCUGGAUCCUAGGGAUACUUCUCUCAAGAAGGGAGGCCAGCCUCUGCCAAGACAAAUUGGUUCCACAGUCCUCCUGCUCAGUCCGUCUUCCCCUGGCAGUCUCUUCUCCACCCUUCCCAGGGCUCAGGUCCCGGGGCUCUCUCUUCUCUCUUCUCUCUUCUCUCUCUCUCUCUCUCUCUCUCUCUCUCUCUCUCUCUCUCUCUC